AUGGAAAAAUACGAAUUGAUCAGUCGAAUUGGUGAUGGAACUUUCGGCAGUGUAGCGAAGGCAGUUAACAAGAAAACAGGCCAAUUAGUAGCCAUAAAGAAAAUGAAGCAGAAGUUCUAUUCAUGGGAUCAAUGUGUGAAAUUACCUGAAGUUGAGGUAGUGCGGAAAAUUCAUAGUCAUCCAAAUAUUGUCAAGCUGUGCGAAGUGAUCCGAGAAAACAAUGAAUUGUUUUUUGUUUUUGAAUUUAUGGAUAGUGAUUUGCUCAAUAUAAUCAAGAAGUCCAAGAAUCUACAGUGGCAGGAGGAGCCCGAUUCCGGUCCGUUGAUUCCCUACUGCAAAAUACGCAACUACAUGCGUCAGAUUCUUCAAGGGAUUGCGUACAUCCACAAGCGGGGCUAUUUUCACCGCGACUUGAAGCCGGAGAAUCUCCUAGUGCGAUCGGUCGAGACGGAGGAGGUGGUGAAGUUGGCGGAUUUCGGCCUCGCGAAGGAGAUUCGCUCGCGGCCGCCCUUCACGGACUACGUCUCGACGCGCUGGUAUCGCGCGCCUGAGCUGCUGCUGCAGGACCGCAACUACGGCCCCCCGGUGGAUAUCUGGGCCGCGGGGUGUAUUAUGGCGGAGUUGAUCACCACGCGCCCGCUCUUUCCCGGCUCCAACGAGGUGGACCAGCUGUUUAAAAUUAUGGACGUGUUAGGCUCCCCGACGGAGAAGAUGUGGCCGGAAGGGAUGGUCCUGGCGAAGAAGAUUCGGUACAUGUUCCCCUCCAUGCAAGGGCGGGGGCUGGUGAAGGUGCUGCCCAAGCACUCCCCGGCGCAGGUGCUGGAUUUGAUCGCGUCGAUGCUGGCCUAUGACCCGAAGCAUCGCUUUACCGCCGAGCAGUGUUUGCAGCAUUUCUACCUCAGCGCCGGCAUCGACGGGGAGAGCGGGCCUUCGAUGAAGGUCGCGGAGCAGCUCACAAACACCGCGCGGCGGAUGCACCUCGGCGUCCAGAGUGCCCCGUCCGCGAUGCUGAAGAUCGUGAGCCCCGUCAAUCAUAACCUCAUAAAGGAAACCAAGCCGGCCUCGGAGGGCGUGAAGGAGGGCCCGUUCGCCGAGGCCACGCUCGGGGGGUCGCCGCCGAGAAAGCCCUUUUACCGCAAUUCGGGCAAAAACGGCCCGCCGCUGUCUCUUCGCGAACGACGCGCGAGUGGGGCCUCCGGCGAGGAGACGAAGACGAUCGAUGGGAAGCCUCCUCUACCCCAGCUCUCUACUCACCACCCCGCAGGCCCUAAACGCAUGUCGAACGACGCCGAGGGGAGGAAGGGGGAUUUUUCUCCUCGGAAAGAUUAUACCACGCAGCCGGCCGGCGUCAAAGGAUUACACCUCGCGAACAUUCGACACCAUGCCCCGACAGAGACGAACGUGGGGAAGGGAUCCGACAACUCCCUACUUUUUAUGCGCACCAAUAAGCCGAAUCCAGUGCCCGCAUCUGAUGCUAAACCGAUCGCGAAAAUCACACCCCGGAAAGAACCCGUGGGCAUCUCAUCUAAGAUACCGAACGAACCCCUCAAGGAAGCGAAGAAAGAUAUCAAUUUAGACCACCUUUUGGAGGAAUUCGCUACGGAGAUUUGUAGCCUUGGACUGCAGAAAAAGGAUAGUUCACUUAGUUGGGGAGGAAAGCACAUGGCAUCUUCACCGAGGGAAGACCCUGCCAAAUUUCUUUUAAAGAAUGCUAGGCAUAAGGCGCCAUCCAGUGUUUCUAAUCUUGAUGAAACAACGACUACCCAUCAGGAGUUAGGAAACCAAAAGAGCUUCUCACGAAACACUAAAAUCGAUUCGGAUAACGCUUUGAAAAAGGGCAAAUCGGAGUUGCUGCAUAAAAACCACUCCCCUUCCAUUAGAGCUCUCUUGAGCAAGUACAAAUCGACGAAAUACCCACCAUAG